AUGCUGCUCAAGCUCCUGCAGAGACAGACCUAUACCUGCCUGUCCCACAGGUAUGGGCUCUACGUCUGCUUCGUGGGCGUCGUGGUCACCAUCGUCUCCGCCUUCCAGUUCGGCGAGGUGGUUCUGGAAUGGAGCCGGGACCAAUACCACGUUUUAUUUGAUUCCUACAGAGACAAUGUUGCUGGAAAGUCCUUUCAGAAUCGGCUCUGUCUGCCCAUGCCGAUCGACGUGGUGUACACCUGGGUGAAUGGCACCGACCUUGAACUACUGAAGGAACUGCAGCAAGUCAGGGAACAGAUGGAAGAGGAGCAGAAAGCCAUGAGAGAAAUCCUUGGGAAGAACACAACAGAACCAACUAAGAAGAGUGAGAAGCAGCUGGAAUGUUUGCUGACACACUGCAUUAAGGUGCCAAUGCUUGUCCUGGACCCAGCCCUGCCAGCCAACAUCACACUGAAGGACCUGCCAUCUCUUUACCCUUCUUUUCAUCUUGCCAGCGAUAUAUUUAAUGUUGCAAAACCAAAAAACCCUUCGACUAACGUUUCAGUUGUUGUUUUUGAUAGUACUAAGAAUGUUGAAGAUGCCCAUGCUGAAACCUUUAAAGGAAAUAGCAAACAGACAGUUUGGAGGGGCUAUUUGACCACAGAUAAAGAAGUCCCUGGCCUGGUGCUAUUGCAAGAUUUGGCUUUCCUGAGUGGGUUUCCACUGACCUUCAAGGAGACUAAUCAACUAAAAGCAAAAUUGCCAGAAAAUCUUUCUUCUAAAAUAAAACUGUUGCACCUGUACUCAGAGGCCAGUGUAGCACUCCUGAAAUUGAACAACCCCAAAGACUUCCAAGAACUGAAUAAGCAGACUAAGAAGAACAUGACCAUUGAUGGGAAAGAACUGACCAUAAGUCCUGCGUAUUUAUUAUGGGAUCUGAGUGCCAUCAGCCAGUCCAAGCAGGAUGAAGACGUUUCUGCCAGCCGUUUUGAAGAUAAUGAAGAACUGAGAUACUCACUGCGAUCCAUCGAGAGGCACGCGCCGUGGGUUCGGAAUAUUUUCAUAGUCACCAAUGGGCAGAUUCCGUCCUGGCUGAACCUUGAUAAUCCUCGAGUGACCAUAGUAACACACCAGGAUGUUUUUCGGAAUUUGAGCCACUUGCCUACCUUUAGUUCACCAGCUAUUGAAAGUCACAUUCAUCGCAUCGAAGGGCUGUCCCAGAAAUUCAUUUACCUGAAUGACGAUGUCAUGUUUGGGAAGGACGUGUGGCCAGAUGAUUUUUAUAGUCACUCCAAAGGUCAAAAGGUUUAUCUGACAUGGCCUGUGCCCAACUGUGCUGAGGGCUGCCCAGGCUCCUGGAUUAAAGAUGGCUAUUGUGACAAGGCUUGCAACAACUCGGCCUGCGAUUGGGAUGGGGGGGAUUGCUCUGGUAACAGUGGAGGGAGUCGCUAUGGUGCCGGAGCCGGGGGAACCGGGAGCUUGGGAGCUGUCCAGCCCUGGCACUUCGGUGGAGGAAUAAAUAGUGUCUCUUACUGUAAUCAAGGGUGUGCAAACUCCUGGCUCGCUGAUAAGUUCUGUGACCAGGCCUGCAACGUCUUGUCCUGUGGGUUUGAUGCUGGCGACUGUGGGCAAGAUCAUUUUCAUGAAUUAUAUAAAGUAACUCUUCUCCCAAACCAGACUCACUAUGUUAUCCCAAAAGGUGAAUGCCUGCCUUAUUUCAGCUUUGCAGAAAUAGCCAAAAGGGGAGUCGAAGGUGCCUACAGUGACAACCCCAUAAUUCGACACGCUUCCAUAGCCAAUAAGUGGAAAACCAUCCACCUCAUAAUGCACAGUGGAAUGAAUGCAACUACAAUACAUUUUAAUCUCACACUUCAAAGUAGGGAUGACAAGGAGUUCAAAAUCCAGAUCUCAGUCGAGGUUGACACAAGAGAAGUACCCAAACUCAACUCUACCACCCAGAGGUCUUACCAGACAUUGGUUAGCCCCAUAACACCUCUUCCAGAGGUGGAGAUCCCAUUUGAGGAUAUUCCUGAAGAAAAACGCUUCCCAAAGUUCAAGAGACACGAUGCUAACACAACAGGGAGAUGGCAGGAGGGGGUGAAAAUUCCCCUGGUCAAUAUUUCGCUCCUCCCCAAAGAGGCCCAGUUGCGUCUCGCUAACUUGGAUUUGCAACUAGAACGGGGAGAUAUCACUCUGAAGGGAUACAACCUAUCCAAGUCAGCCUUGCUGACAUCGUUUCUGAUGAACUCCCACGAUGCUAACGUAAACAUAAACCAGGCUGUCAUCCCAGAGGAAAGAAACGAGAGCGUGGCGGCCCCACUGGCGCAGCAAGUUCGCAGAAGCUCCGGGCCAGACAGCUUAGGAGCACCGGAGGGAUUACCGAGGUCGACUUUUCCAGCAGAGACGAUAAAAGCUAAUGGCCGUUACCAGCGUCAGACUCCACCCCGGGACUUGGAAACCCAAGCAACCUUUCCAUCUGAAAGUCAGACCCAGAGAUUGGGAGGUGGAAGUGUGUCCAGAGGAAAGCUCUCCUCUCUGAUUGUUCCACAGAAAAACCAGGUGCCCAGAGAAAAGCCAAGCACAGGGAAAGAACAGGAGGAAAACAGGAUGGACGACCAUGCUGAAAGUCACAUAGGUGUGAAUGAAGUACUGCCCGGAAGAAAGCUGCAGCAUUAUACUGACACUUACCCCGGCUUUUUACCCUGGGAGAAAAAAAAGUAUUUCCAAGAUCUUCUUGAUGAAGAAGAGUCGUUGAAGACACAGCUGGCAUACUUAACUGACAGCAAACAUAUUGGGAGGCAACUAAAAGAUACAUUUGCAGAUUCCCUCCGAUAUGUAAAUAAAAUUCUAAACAGCAAGUUCGGAUUCACAUCUAGGAAAGUCCCUGCACACAUGCCUCACAUGAUCGACCGAAUAGUCAUGCAGGAACUGCAGGACAUGUUCCCUGAAGAAUUUGACAAGACGUCAUUUCACAAAGUGCGCCACUCUGAGGAUAUGCAGUUUGCUUUUUCUUAUUUUUACUACCUCAUGAGUGCAGUCCAGCCACUGAAUAUAUCUCAAGUUUUCGAUGAAGUUGAUACUGACCAAUCUGGUGUCUUAUCUGACAGAGAAAUCCGAACACUGGCUACCAGAAUUCAUGACCUGCCUUUAAGUUUGCAGGAUUUAACAGGUCUGGAACACAUGUUAAUAAAUUGCUCAAAAAUGCUCCCUGCUAAUAUCACUCAGCUAAGCAACAUUCCACCAACUCAGGAAGCAUACUAUGACCCCAAUCUGCCACCCGUCACUAAGAGUCUGUUAACCAGCUGUAAACCAGUAACUGAUAAAAUCCACAAAGCGUAUAAGGACAAAAACAAAUAUAGGUUUGAAAUCAUGGGAGAAGAAGAAAUUGCUUUUAAAAUGAUUCGUACCAAUGUUUCUCAUGUGGUUGGCCAAUUGGAUGACAUAAGAAAAAACCCUAGGAAGUUUGUUUGCCUGAAUGACAACAUUGACCAUAAUCAUAAAGAUGCCCAGACAGUGAAAGCUGUGCUCAGGGAUUUCUAUGAAUCCAUGUUCCCUGUACCAUCCCAGUUUGAGCUGCCAAGAGAGUAUCGGAACCGUUUUCUUCAUAUGCAUGAGCUGCAGGAAUGGAGAGCAUAUCGAGACAAAUUGAAGUUUUGGACUCAUUGUGUACUAGCAACAUUGAUUAUGUUUACUAUAUUCUCGUUUUUUGCUGAACAGUUAAUUGCCCUUAAGCGGAAGAUAUUUCCCAGACGGAGGAUACAGAAAGAAGCAAGUCCCAGUCGAAUCAGGGUAUAG